CAGGCGCCGCCGCGCCGCAGUCCUCAGUGAGCGGCGCCCGGGCUCGCAGGUCCCCGCCGCGACGCGCCACCGUCCUGGUCCCCGCCCGCGCCUCCCCCCGCUUCGCAAUGAGGGUCCUGGGUGGGCGCUGCGGGGCGCUACUGGCGUGCCUCAUCCUAGUGCUCCCAGUCUCCGAGGCAAACUUUUUGUCAAAGCAGCACGCUUCACAAGUCCUGGUUAGGAAACGCCGUGCAAAUUCUAUGUUUGAAGAAACCAAAAAGGGUAAUCUUGAAAGAGAAUGCAUUGAAGAAUUGUGCAAUAAAGAAGAAGCCAGGGAGGUCUUUGAAAAUGACCCUGAAACGGAUUAUUUUUAUCCAAAAUACUUAGGUUGUCUUGGCUCUUUCCGAGCUGGAUUGUUCACUGCUGCACGUCAGUCCACUGAUGCUCACCCUGAUCUCAGGAGCUGUGUCACUGCCAUUCCAGACCAAUGUAGUCCUCUGCCAUGCAAUGAAGAUGGAUAUAAGAGCUGCAAAGAUGGUCAAGCUAGAUUCACUUGCAUUUGUAAACCAGGUUGGCAAGGAGACAAGUGUGAAUAUGAUAUAAAUGAAUGCAAAGAUCCCUCAAAUGUAAAUGGAGGUUGCAGCCAGAUAUGUGAUAAUACACCUGGAAGUUACCACUGUUCCUGUAAAAGUGGUUUUUUUAUGCUUUUAAAUAAAAAGGACUGCAAAGAUGUGGAUGAAUGCUCUAUGAUGCCAGACAUUUGUGGCACAGCUGUGUGCAAGAACAUCCCAGGAGACUUUGAAUGCGAAUGUGCUGAAGGCUACAGAUACAAUCCCAUAUUAAAGUCUUGUGGAGAUGUGGACGAAUGCUCUGAGAACAUGUGUGCUCAACUUUGUGUCAAUUACCCUGGAGGUUACUCUUGUUAUUGUGAUGGGAAAAAAGGAUUCAAACUUGCCCAAGAUCACAAGAGCUGUGAGGCUGUUCCAGUGUGCCUUCCCUUGAACCUUGACAAAAAUUAUGAAUUACUUUACUUGGCAGAGCAAUUUGUAGGCGUGGCUUUAUAUUUAAAAUUUCGUUUGCCGGAAAUCACCAGAUUUUCAGCCGAAUUUGAUUUCCGGACAUAUGAUUCAGAAGGUGUUAUCCUGUAUGCAGAAUCUCUUGACCGCUCAGCUUGGUUCCUGAUUGCACUUCGUGAUGGAAGGAUUGAAAUUCAGUUUAAGAAUGAAUUUACAACCAAAAUCACAACUGGAGGCAAAGUUAUUAAUGACGGUCAAUGGAAUAUGGUCUCUGUGGAAGAACUAGAACACAGUAUUAGUGUAAAAAUAGCUAAAGAAGCUGUAAUGAAUAUAAAUAAACCCGAAAGCCUUUUUAAGCCUACAAAUGGAUUUCUAGAGACGAAAGUAUAUUUUGCAGGAUUACCUCGGAAAAUGGAGAAUGCCCUCAUUAGACCGAUAACCCCUCGUCUAGAUGGAUGUAUACGAGGCUGGAAUUUGAUGGAUCAAGGAGCUUCAGGAAUAAAUGAAAUUAUUCAAGAAAAACAAAGUAAGCAUUGUUUUGUCACUGUGGAGAAGGGUUCCUACUAUCCUGGUUCUGGUGUUGCUCAAUUUAGCAUAGAUUAUGGUAAUAUAUCCAAUGCUGAGGACUGGCAAGUAAAUGUGUCCUUGAACAUUCGCCCAUCCACGGGCACUGGUGUUAUGUUCGCCUUGGUUUCUGGUAAUACUGUGCCCUUUGCCUUGUCCUUGGUAGACUCUGCCUCUGAAAAGCUUCAGGAUAUCCUCGUAUCUGUUGAAAAUAUGAUAAUGUUUCAGAUAGAGGCCAUAAGUCUGUGUUCCAGUCAACAAUUCCAUCUGGAAUUAAGAGUCAACAGAAACAAUCUGGAGCUGUUCACUCCACUUAAAAAAGACAUCAUCUCCUCUGAAAACCUUCAAGGACAGUUGGCCAUUUUGGACAAAGCAAUGAAAGGGACAGUAACUACUUACCUGGGUGGCCUUCCAGAUAUUCCAUUCAGUGCCACACCAGUGAAUGCCUUUUAUAAUGGCUGUAUGGAAGUGAACAUUAAUGGUGUUCGGUUGGAUCUGGAUGAAGCCGUUUCUAAGCAUAAUGAUAUCAGAGCUCACUCGUGUCCAUCAGUUUCAAAAAGCACAGAGAAUUCUUAAGGCUUCUUUCCUGUACUGAUAAUACAUUUUUCCUGUAUGUAAUUAUGUUUCAAUAAUAGCUGAAGGGUUUUUCCCUGCAAUGUACAGGCCUUGAUUUUUUAUGGUACUUUGGCUUUCCUGGAAUUUUAAAAAAGGUCCUUUUUCAAGAAGAACAAGAUCCUCUUGUGGUACAAAUCACAUUUAAAAAUUCUUACCUCUAUUGCUGCCUAGAAAUUAAAUAAUGAAAUAUAUAAACAUUUCUAAUUUGAAUUUUUUGCUACAAAUGACAUUACUUC